AGAGACUGGAUAAGACUGAUAAUAUUAUUUGGUAUUGCUCUUGUGUGUAUCGUGGAAUAUUGUCUGUUGGCGUUUCCGACUCGAUCGGGAGAAAGUUAUUUGUUUGAAAUAAAUUAUGUUUUAUACUAAAUUUGAAUAUUAAGAUUAUUGUGAUUAUUGUUUUCGUUUAUAUUUUGAAAAAACGUUUGCCACUAUGAUCACCAGACACCAAAAGAAAAAUAUUUUCAUUAGGUUUUCUUUACUGUUUGUUUGUAUUAUUGCUUACAGUAAAAUCAAUGGCGCUAUUGGCCAAGCACAGCCAGUACCAUUACCACAAGAAGACCUGCCUGCACAGAUUCCACAAAAUGCACCAUCCAUACCGUGGUAUGAAUCUUUACCAGCAGUCGCGAUGGACUAUAAAGUAAUCAUUGACCCGGGCAAAGAGGACUGUUAUUUUCAGUUUGUUAAUCCUGGAGCCACAUUUUAUGCCAGCGCUCAAGUAUCUUGUCUAUCUAUAUAUAUUUUUAUUAUUAUUCUGUUUGAAAAACACUUCAUAGUUUGAAUAAAUAAUUUAAAUUUCUUUUAGGUAUUGAGAGGAGGAGAUGGAAUGGCCGGUUUUGCUGUUAGACACCCAAACGGUCAAAUCGUUCAUCCAUAUCAAUGGAAAGCAAGUUCUGAUUAUCAAGAUCAAGACUCCACGGGCGGCUAUUACAGUGUUUGUAUUGAUAAUCAAUUUUCAAAAUUUGCUGCCAAAUUGGUAAAUUUGUACAUCACAGUUAUUAGGUUGGUUUAUUAUUAUUUUCCAUUAGCAUAUUCUAUUUAAAAUUGAUAGCCAGUUAUAAUUAUUAAUACUAACUUAUCUACUGUUCUUAAAAUUAAUUUAAACAUUUUAUUAAAUGUAGUUUGUACUUAUUUGUAGUGAUGUUAAUUGCUAAAGUAUUUUAAAGUAAGUGAUCUAUCAGCAAAGUAGGUAUAGUAAAUAUAAAUUUCCUAUUUUACUAUUUUACGAGUAUUUUAUUUUUAAUUUAAAAUAAAACCAAUCAAAUAUUAGUAUUCAUUCGAGCUGAUCAUCUUGAUAUCUCGAUCAGUUUUAUUGCUUAGUGAUAUUUUAUGUUUUAUAUUAUUUAUUAUUUUGUUUUCUGCGUAAAAUAAAACAUGUCUAGCCUGUGUAGGCUAUUUACAUCUACAGAUAAUAAUAGAGUAAUUUUGGCUAUUAUGACAUUUAUAACAUGAUAGUAAUUAAUUAAUUAAUUAAUUAAUAAUAAAUAAAAAAACAAUAGUAAUAUAACUUGGGGCCGGUUAAAUUAUGGACAGUAGUAUUAUGUAUUAGAUAUAUAGUUUUGUUUAGCUUUGUUAAGUGUUGUUAAAUUUUUUUGGGCAUACAAAUAUUUAUUAACUAUUAUUAAAGCAAAAUAUAAAUUUGAAGUUUCCCAAAAAAAAAUAUGUUUGUAAUGUAGUAUAGCCAUGUGGGUAUUUUAUAGUUUCAAUAAUAAUAUUAUUAUUUUAUUAAAUUUGGUAUUUUGAUAUAGAAAAAUAAAUUACUCGAAAUUGUAUAUCACUGCCUAUUUAUAAUUAUAUUAAAAUAUAAUUACUCAAAACUUAUAUUAUCUAUAUAAUAAAAACAAACAAUGAUUGAAAAGAAAUAGUAACCAUAACUUUUUUUUUUAAAAUAUAUAGGUAUGAUAAAUGGGACGAAUACCACAAAGAAAUAGAAGAAAUGAAUGUCAGCGUUGAAAAUUUCACAGUGAGUUUUUAUUAUUUUGUAUAAUAUUUUUGUGUUAAACAAUUUAUUGUUAAAUCCUCCGUUUAAAUACAUUUUUUCAGACUUCUGUAAAAACUGUAGAAAGUAACAUAAAUUUUAUGUUACAAAAUCAAUACCAUUUGCGCAGUCAAGAGAGUCGUGAUUAUAAUAUAUUGGUCGAUAACAAAACAUAUGUAAACAGGUGGUCCAUAAUGCAAAUGUUAUUAAUAAUGGGGACAGGUACAUUGCAAGUAUAUUUUGUUCGUAAAUUAUUUGACACCGGAAAGUCAAAAACAAAGGCUUAGAUUAAUACUAUAUAUUAUUUCCAUAUUAUUUUAUUGUAUUGUUAUAUUUUAUUUCUUGUUUUCAAGAAAAAUGUAUACUGUUUUUUUUUUUUUUUU